GUCGUGGUGCAUCCAGACCAGAUGACCAAGAUGAGGAUGACAAGGAGGGCGAGGGUAUAACCCUCAAGGAGGGCCCUGGCGCAACCAGGCCGACUGAGGCCGAGGCUGAUUCGGCAGAGGCGAGCCAGGAGUGCGCACUGGCAUGUGUCAAAGAGGAGCAACAGUCUGACGACUCCAUCUUUGAGCCGGUA